AUGCUCUCGCCCUUCCAGAUUCCCCUCAAAGCCGCUAGAAAAUGGUGGCGUGUGCGAGAUGGCAGAGCCCGUCUGACGGUCCAACCCAACCCAUCAUGCAGCCCGCAGACGUUUCCUGUUUCUCCGGAGUCUCUUUCUGACAUCUCGCCAAUCUCUCAAGCAGGAAUUCAGUGCCAGGACCGUGUUGCCGAGGUGGCAAUGACGAUAUCUGAUCACUUUGCAUCUUCAAGCAACUCAGGCCGUCCUAUUCCCAUUGAUGCUCCCCUCAUGCUUGGACGGCUAAGCCCGACGGAUGUCGUGAAUCUGCAAUCAUGGCUGCAGGCGCGAUUUGAUUGGAAUGACGAUAGAAGGUUGUUGUUUGAUGAGGAGAUAUCCGCGGAGAGAAUCGCGAGCGACAUUGUUAAAGGUGGCGAAGGAGACCCGGGAGGGAUCUUUAACGAUCCCACUGCGUGGUUAGCAGGUCCUGCAUCGAAUGGUCCGACCUUGGCCGAGACUGCGAGCGCAGAGUUAGAACAGCUUGUGGCAGAAUCAUCACAAAUCAAGCCGAGUAUCGCAAUGCAUGACGAAAUGGAUUCCUCCAUUAUCGCAGCACGACACACACCACCUCCCGCAUGCGAUGCUCACGAGGCUGUGCCAGACAUAGGCAUGGCGACGUACGAAUCUUGGACAGGCAAGCGCUUCAGCAAGCGGCGACUUAUGUACAGUCUCCUCGCACUGGGACAUCUUGGUUCACAGUCCUCACCCUCCUCACUGCUCCCUCCCAUGCCGGAAGUCGAGACAGCUGUAUCGCCACGCGCCCCUUCCUUCGUGCACACGCCUAUAUUUUCCCCGUGGCUGGAAACAGUGCGCUUUCCUGCGCUUGAGCCUAUUCAGUCGCCUUGGGUGCCGAACCAUUCUAGCCAUAGCCACGAUUCGUACGGAUCGGCGAUGUUUCCGCAGUCGCCACGUGAGGAUCAGUGCUGUUCAACACCGCCUCCCGGGGAAUGA